AUGAGUUCCCUCGGUGAAGCAAUCAUCCACCUUGCAAUCGAUCUGUUCCACCAGAUCAGAAAAUCAGAGAAGGAAAACAUCUUCCUGUCCCCUUUCAGUAUCUCGUCAGCCUUAGCCAUGACUUACUUAGGGGCCCGAGAAAACACUGCAUCAGAAAUGCAGAAGGUCCUUCACUUCAAUGAAAUCACAGAGAACCCAAGAGGAAGAGCUACAAGAAAUCUCGUUGAAAAGCCAGGAAAAGUUCAUCAUCACUUUCAAAAGCUUCUGACGGAAUUAAAGAAAUCCACUGAUGCCUAUGAGCUGAGUGUUGCCAACAGGCUCUAUGGAGAACAGGAGUUUCCAUUUCUCCGGGAAUACAUGGAUAAUGUUAAGAAAUUUUAUCUAGCCAGUGUGGAAUCUGCUGAUUUUAAAAAUGCUGCAGAGGAAAGUCGAAAGAUGAUUAAUUCCUGGGUGGAGAGCCAAACCAAUGGAAAAAUCAAAGAUCUGUUUCCCAAAGACUCUCUCGACAGCACUACUGCUCUGGUUCUGGUGAACGCUGUCUAUUUCAAAGGGCAGUGGAACCAGGAAUUUAAGAAAGAAAAUACUGUGGAGGAAAAGUUUUGGCUGAACAAGGAUACAAGCAAACCUGUGCACAUGAUGAAACAAGCCAAUCAUUUCAAUUUUGUGUCACUGGAGGACGUGCAAGCCAAGAUCCUGGAAAUACCGUACAAAGGCGAUGAGCUAAGCAUGAUGGUGCUGCUGCCCAAUGAAGUAGAUGGUCUGCAGGAGCUUGAAGAUCAGCUCACUGCUGAGAAGUUAAUAGAGUGGACGAGCCCACAGAAUAUGGGGAAGACACAGGUGGAUUUAUACCUGCCUCGGUUUAAAGUGGAAGAGAGCUAUGACCUCGUGCCCACACUGCAAGCCCUGGGGAUGGUGGACGCCUUCCGUGAUGGGGUGGCUGAUUUCUCGGGCAUGACCGAGGGAUGUGAUCUGGUGGUGUCGAUGGUCGUCCACAAGUCCUUUGUGGAGGUGACCGAGGAGGGCACGGAGGCUGCAGCUGCUUCCGGCGUAGAAAUUACUGUAAGAGCAGGAAGAAAUUCUGAGAGUUUCCGCUGCGAUCACCCCUUCCUGUUCCUCAUCAAGCACAUCAAGACCAACAGCAUCCUCUUCUGGGGCCGAGUCUCUUCCCCUUAG